GGUUUUCUGUAACUUUCUAUGCCAUUUUAAACACAUGGCCAGAGACACAUGUCUGAUCUCGGUGACGUCAGCAGGGUCCCGACAAGAACAGGAAAUAACCCACCUCCCCUCCCCUCCUUUCUUUUUUUUCCUCUUCUUUUCGGGGCUGGGGAGGAGUGAUGUCAUCGCAGGGGAAGAGUGAGGUUGGCUGCGGCUUUAUUGAGCUUGACGUUUUAUUACCAAGACAACCAGACGUAUGAAACACAUGCACCAGUCGGUACGAGGACACAGGGAAAGUGAGAGUCAAAUAAGACGGGGACACGUUUGUGACUCGAUAUAACCCCCCCUCCCUCCCUCCCUCUCCACGGAUGAGAGGGAGAAGAAGUGUGAGGCACACACACCAGAGAAAGAGAGAGAGAGAGAGAGGGAUGCAGAUAGAAACCUAGAGGGGGAAGAGGGACGGCAUGAGUGUGCAUGCUGAUGGGGAAAGGAGCGUGUGGAGCUACAGAGCUGCAGAAUCCUGAAUCCAGCAGAUGGAGACUCCGUGUCCUUGUUUUGCGGUGAUCUGUGGGAGCAACAUGCAGCUCGUGCCGCUGCCUCGCACUGCUGCAGUGGAGGAGUAAAUGCAGAGCCCAACACUGCUCCAGGUGAUCCACAGCAGCCCAGCCCGGCAGACUGCUCCCUCCUUAGCCUUCCCUCUCCUCCUCCUCCUCUUCCUCUUCCUCUUCCUCCACCUCCUCCUCCUUCUCCUCCACCUCCACCUCCUCCUCCUCCUCCUCUGUCAGUGCUCCAUUCCUCAGAGGGCUUUGAAAAAAACAAAAAAACAAAAACAAGAAAGGAGCAGAGAAAACACAGGACAAAUCCUGCUUCCCCCCCCUAUCCAUUCUCAAAUGUGAAACACCUCUGCAUGACUGUACGCCGCUUCCCUGUCAUCGUGUGAAGACGCUCCGCAUAUGUGCUCCAAUGUCUCCGGAACAUAGGCUCGCUGCAAGACCAGAAGUUUUCACCUUGGUCUCCGUCUCGAAAGUUCAAUGAAGGCAGACGCCCCCCUCCAGCCAGGAACAUGAAGGGCUUAUCGGGCAGCCGGUCCCAGCACCAGAUCCCUUUACCCUAUGGCUUGGACUAUGACCCCCAUGUCCAUGACCUCCACACUCACCAUGGCUCUGACUCCCGCCACCCGUCCUACCUGCUCAGCCCCACGGAGAGCUGCCCCGUGGACUUCCACCACCGCUACUCGCCGCGCAGCUCCAUCCACUCUGACUGUAUGAUGAUGUCCCCUGUCAUGAUGCCCCCAGCUGCUGCGUCUGACCACAUCUCCAGCAGCACCUUCCCCAGAAUGCACUACAGCUCUCAGUAUUAUGACUCAGCAACACGGGAAGACUGCGCUGCCAUCACAGCUUCUGCCACCUCCCCAGCUGUCACUGCUGCUGCAGCCGCCGCGGCCGCCUCCUCCCAUCUCGCCGGCACCAAGAGCAACCGCCUUCCUGCUAACCUAUUAGACCAGUUUGAGAAACAACUGCCACUACACCGCGACGGCUUUCACACGUUACAGUACCAGCGCACCUCCACCACCACUGAGCAACGCAGCGAGAGCCCUGGCCGCAUCAGACACCUAGUUCAUUCUGUCCAGAAGCUCUUCACCAAAUCCCACUCCCUGGAGGGAUCAUCCAAGAUGAACGGCACAAAAGGUGAUAUUGGAGGUGGAGGGGGAACAGGUUAUCACCAUCACGGCCACCACUCCACCAAACACGGUAGCAAGAGGAGCAAGAGCAAAGAACGCAAGCACCGCUCCGGCGGCUGGUGGAGCUCCGACGACAACCUAGAUAGCGACAGCACCUACCGCACACCCAGCGUCAUGUCGCGGCACCACGGGGAACAUGUCAGCCACUGCUACCCAGAUCCCAUGCACAGCCACCACUUUGGAGACCUGUCACUUAAGACCUCUAAGAGUAACAAUGAUGUCAAGUGCUCGGCCUGUGAGAGCAUGGCCAUGGCGCCCGAGGGCAAAUUCAUGAAGAGGAGCUCCUGGUCGACACUGACGGUCAGCCAGGCCAAGGAGGCCUACAGGAAAUCAUCGCUUAAUCUAGAGAAACCCAUGAUGCACACAGACCUCAAGCCUUCAUCGCGGACAUGUCACUACCUGCAGGUGCCCCAGGACGAGUGGAGUGGAUACCCUGGCGAGAAGGAUGACGAGAUCCCGUGUCGGCGGAUGCGGAGCAGUAGCUACGUCAAAGCUAUGGGCGAGGUGGAUGAUGAAAGUGGUGACUCUGACACCAGCCCUAAGAUGUCCCCACAGAAGGCCAUUCGGCCCGACGCUCUCGUCCUCAAAUCAGCCAUGCAGAGACCACAUUUAGACCCCCAAAGCCAGGGCUACCACUUGCAAACCAGAGACAUGCGGCCCCACCCUAGUGUCACGUUGGACCCUGCCUCCUUUCAUCCCCCGCCCUUCCGCUCUCGCAACCAGAGCUAUAUGCGCGCCGUCAGCACCCUCAGUCAGGCUAGCUGCGUCAGCCAGGUGAGUGAGACUGAGAUCAAUGGCCAGUUUGAGUCAGUUUGCGAGUCCGUAUUUAGUGAAGUAGAAUCCCAGGCCAUGGAGGCUUUGGACCUGCCUGGUUCGUUCCGCACUCGAAGCCACAGUUACCUCCGUGCUAUUCAGGCUGGUUAUUCCCAAGAUGACGACUGCUUGCCUUCAAUGACAUCCUCCACUGUCACUUCAACUCUCAGAUCCACAACAGGCCUCCGUAGCUUAGCUGGGGGGCGUAGAGAGUACGGUAGGUCUGGGAUUCAGUUUCGUCUCCCUACUUCUUGCAGUGUGGACCGUGCUCAACCACCUCCAGCGGUAUCAUAUCCUCCCAGUUACAAGAAGACUCCACCUCCUGUGCCCCCGCGCACCACCACCAAGCCUCUUAUCUCUGUGACAGCCCAGAGCAGUACAGAGUCCACCCAAGAUGCCUACCACGAGGGCAGGCAUCCGAGGGGUGGCCUGUGGACCACGGAUAGCCUUGGUCGACCCAUCUACAGCUCCACGGACAGCCUGGACAGCACCAAGGCGGUCACCAUGGCCAUGGAGUCAGCAGCAGGCAAGAGGCAUGCAUCUUUGGGCAGCCACACGUCUGUCCAGACAUGCGACAAAGCAGUGCUGGUGUCCAAGGCCGAGGAGUACCUCAAAACCCCACGUUCCUCUAUUGGGAUACAGGUGGAAACUGUGACAGACUCUGAGGCUGAAAGCAAAGGCCUUCCUCAGUUCCAUUCAAUAGGGAUCCAGGUGGAGGAUCACAAACGGCAUGGGAGGUUCAAGCGCUCCAACAGUGUGACCACUGCAGUACAAGCAGACAUGGAGUUGGAGGGCUUUCCCUCCAUGGAGGACAAGGGGCUCCAGUUUGGCGGUGCCUUCGGUCGCCACUCUGAGCCCAGCACUCCCACGCAGUAUGGGGCCAUCCGUACGGUGCGCACACAGGGCCUGUUCAGUUACAGGGAGGAUUACCGGCCUUCCAGUGGGCCCUCCAGCCCGCAGCCUGAACCCUGGCUGGUUCAACCCAGCCUGGAGAGUACAGAAACGGGCCGAGUGUCCCCCUUACGAAGGGACGGCAGUUGGUUUAUGCAGCUCCUUCACAAUGAAACCAAGCGGCUGGAGGGGUGGUGCAAAGAGAUGGAGAGAGAAGCAGAGGAGCAUGACCUGUCAGAGGAGAGUGAGUGUCCUGAGGGAAACUACAUGCUUUUCAUAGCAGUCCUAGGAAAAAUCCGGAGUGCAGUGGGAAGUGCUCAGCUACUAAUGUCUCAAAAGUUUCAGCAGUUUUACUGGCUAUGUCAGCAGAAUCUGGACCCCAGUGCCAUGCCCAGACCCACAUCUCAGGACCUGGCUGGAUUCUGGGACCUCUUGCAGCUUUCCAUCGAUGACGUCACUGCCAAGUUUGAUGAGCUGCAGCAGAUCAAGAGCAACCAGUGGCAGCUGGUGGAGAGCCCAGAGAAGAAGGAGAGGAAAUGGCCACCACCUCUGCCAAAGCGGCCAACCAAGGGACGUGGCGGUAUGACGCGAGAGCGCUCUCUGGACCUUCAGGACCGCCAGCGACAGGAAGCCCGCAGACGCCUCAUGGCUGCCAAACGAGCAGCUUCUUUCAGACAGAACUCAGCCACAGAGAGGGCGGACAGCAUCGAGAUCUACAUCCCUGAAGCCCAGACACGGCUUUGAGGUCCACGGAUUCAUCCUCAGCCCCCCUUUUUUUUUUGUCCACCUUGUACCACCACCCAACACCAGCUCGUGGCGCCACAUCCAGCCUCCUCCUGCUGUCAUCAUCUGUCUGUUCGAUCAUCUGUUGCCAUUUUCUGGGCUUUCUCUAUUGAAGCUACACUAGGCAAGAUCUCAGUCACCCUUUUUUUUUAAAAAUCACCUUACAUGACAAUGUGGCACUGCCAUAGGGAAGAACACCCCAUCUUCCCUGAGAGAGACGUCAGGUGAGUCAGCUUCCCACAGGACGUAAUAAAAAAAACAUUUAACAUGAAGCCCCAACACUGAAAAGAAAACUGGACACACCAGCGUUAGGCCUUUUGCCUCUCUUUGUCCUUUUGGUAUUCCUAAAACUGAACACAGGCCAGCUGGAUUGGUAAACACGAGCCACUAACGUGAAGUUGCCUAGUGUAGCUUUAAACCCCCACAUGGGACUCUUCUGCACCACGAGAAUGAGCUGCUAUAACCCCCCAAACUUCACAUUUCACCUGGUGUUUAUUUGACGAAUUCCAUCCGUUGUUGCCAUCGCCCCGCCGUGAGUAAGGGUAACGCUAUACUUGCCACAAAGGGAAACACAAAGUGCAACUUUUCUAGAGUUUCUCACCAGCAACAAUGGUCUAUGGGCUAAAGCACCCUGUGUGAAAGGAACAGCGGCAGCAGAGAUUGAUGUUUCCAUUGAAAUAUGCAUAAAGAUAUUGUCUUGUGAUGAGGUUCAAACUUCACACCAAGCCUUCUCUAUGGUGGUGGGUACCUUGGUUGAUUAGUUUCUCUUACUUUCCUGCCAGUUUGUGGUAAAAAAAAAAUGCUCAACAGCAUAUUUAAGGUGCUGCACAACUGUACUCUACACCAUCUUUCGAGCUAUUUAUCAUCUAUCCAUGUUUAACCGGGCAUGCCGCAGCUGUUGACCAGUGUUGCUGAUAGAGAUCUGAAAAAUUAAGGCUCAUAAAUCCUCGACCAUCAUUUCAGACAUCAUCUUCAUUCCUGUGAUCCCCUCUUAGGACUAGGACAUUUUUAAGCUAUUGUACGUUAUUUGCUGCUGGAUGCAUUUCCAUUGCAGAACAAAUAUGAAUUAUUAACAACAACAAAAAAAAAAUGAAAAAAAGAAGAAGAGACAGUUUUUGCGCAGCCUGGAAGAGGUGACUGUAUCAAACAAUGCAUUUUGCACCUUAUAAUAUUCAUGUUUGUAUUUCCAAGGGAAAUGUAGUUUAUGAAGCUCAUGUGAUAUUGUUGCAGUUGAAUUGCAAGGACAAGAUAUGGAAAAUUUACUACAGAAUUUCAUGUAACUCUAUAGGUCAUAUAAACUGCACCUUGUGUUUCUGUUUUCAUUUUUCUCUCUGAUGCCGUUCAGGCCUCUCGUAAAAAUUACAAUAUUGUGAUUCUCUGACACUUUUAAUUAAACUCUUACAGUAUCUAUCAUAUGACAGACAUCACAAUCUACAGUAUACAUUUAAUAUUUAUAGUUGAAACAGUUGUGGGUUGAUUUGACAGUGCGUUUGUUUUGCUUAUUAAGGGGUGUUUCUCAGCUAACAGAAACCAUAUCUCAUGACACACUGCAUCCAACCUUUUUUUGUUCCGAUAAUGGGGCAUAAUGGAAAAAAAAAAAACACUUGUGUUGUUUAUUUUAAUCUGCUCAUUUAGUCUAGGAAAGACAGGUGCAAAUGACACUUUAACAAUAUUCAGUUACUAUAGUAAAUGGUGCUGCUUUUUACUCUAAAACUGUUGUCCUUUACCCAGUCCUAUGUGCACGCACACACACACUCAAGGACUUUUUAAACAGAGAUUUAUUAAUAUGGUGCCCGUUGUCUCUCCGAUGACUUGUGGUGGAUUGUGACUUUAGAAAAGAUCAUCUUUGCAAUGCUCUUGCCCUCAGUGUUGGGAAAAAAAAAA